AUGUUGACCUCCUUUCUCUAUCACUCUCUCUUUCCCUCUUUCUUGGUUUCACUCUCACACAUUUUCAUAUUCACUUUCUCCCUUUCUCUAUUGUAUUCUCCUUUUCUCUCUUGCCUUCUCUUUCUCUCUCUCACUCUUCACCCCCUCUGUUUCUUUAACCUUCACUGGGUUCCCCUUACAAGGAGAAGAACAGGGGCCAAAAAUAUUAGUAAUUUUCUCUUUCUUUAUUCUUUUUCUCUCUUUCUUUCAUUUUUUUUUCUCCCUUUCUUUCAUUUUUUUCCCCUUUCUUUCAUUCUUUCUUUUAUCUUUCUUUCAUUCCCCCCUUCUUUCAUUCCCCCCCUUUCUUUCAUUUUCCCCCCUUUCUUUCAUUUUCCCCCACUUUCUUUUUUUUCUUUCAUUUCCCCCCCUUUCUUUUUCUUUCUUUCAUUUCCCCCCUUUCUUUUUUUUUCUUUCAUUUCCCCCCUUUCUUUUUCUUUCUUUCAUUUUCCCCCCUUUCUUUUUUUUUCUUUCAUUUUCCCCCUUUCUUUUUCUUUCUUUCAUUUUCCCCUUUCUUUUUUUUCUUUCUUUUCCCCUUUCUUUUUUCCCUUUCAUUUUUUCUUUUUUCUUUCUUUUUUCCCCCUUUCUUUUUUCUUUCUUUCAUUUUCCCCCUUUCUUUUUUCUUUCUUUCAUUUUCCCCCUUUCUUUUUUCUUUCUUUCAUUUUCCCCCUUUCUUUUUUCUUUCUUUCAUUUUCCCCCCUUUCUUUCAUUUUUCUUUCUUUCAUUUUCCCCCCCUUUCUUUCAUUUUCUUUCUUUCAUUUUCCCCCCUUUCUUUCAUUUUUCUUUCUUUCAUUUUCCCCCCUUUCUUUCAUUUUUCUUUCUUUCAUUCUCCCCCCUUUCUUUCAUUUUUCUUUCUUUCAUUCUCCCCUUUUCUUUCAUUUUCCCCCUUUCUUUCAUUUUUCUUUCUUUCUUUCAUUUUUUCUCUCAUUUUCCCUCUUUCUUUCAUUCCCCCUCUCUUUCUUUCAUUCCCCCUCUCUUUCUUUCAUUUUUUUCUUUCUUUUUCUUGUUCUCUUUCUUUUAUUUUCUUUCUAA